UUCACCUUCACCCUUCAAUGCAACACUCAUAUUUUCUUUCUGUUUCAUUCUUCCAUUGCUCUUCACUUCCUUCUAUCUUAUCUCAGUAUAGUAGGGACACUCCUCACUUAAAUUCUUCUCAUUUCUCUUCCUUUUCUGUUUUCUGCCCACUUCUCCAAUUUAGUUGUUUACUGUCCUUGAAAGUGUGAUGGUAAGUAUUUUGUGCCAAAACUUCUUUUUCUUGUCUCUGUUUCUUGAGUUUGACAAAUGGUGCCUGUAAAUAAUUCAAGAGCAUAUAUGAGCACAAGGGAUUGUUCUCAAGGAUUUUGCAGUUCAUACUGCCCACAGUGGUGUUAUAUAAUCUUCCCACCUCCACCUCCAUUUGAUGACUUCCCUGAUGAUGAUGAUGAUUCUGGUCCAAAUUUCUCUCCUCUAAUUAUCGGCAUCAUCGGAAUUCUUGCCAGUGCUUUCCUUCUAGUUAGCUACUAUGUCAUAAUGUCAAAGUGCUGUGGGCACAGAAAUGCUUUUAGAAGAAGGGAUGAGGAUCAUCUUAAUGAUUCAGAAUUGGAAGAGAAUCAAGACCCUUCAAAUCUUGAGGCAUGGCAUGUGAAUACGACAGGUUUAGACGAAUCCCUGAUCAAGUCGAUUACAGUGUUGAAGUACAAGAAAGGAGGUGGAUUAGCAGAGGGAACGGAUUGUUCUGUAUGUCUGAGUGAAUUUCAAGAAGAUGAAAGCGUUAAACUUUUACUAAAAUGCAGCCAUGCUUUUCAUGUUACGUGCAUUGAUACAUGGCUUAAAUCUCACUCCAAUUGCCCUUUAUGUCGUGCUACUAUAGUGUUUGUAAAUGCUUCACCACCUCCUUUAGUUAUUGAAGUUAUCGAAGCUCCACUGAUUAACGAAAGAACCUUCCGAAUCCAACCUCAAAACGACAUAGAAAUGGGGGUCAGAGAGGAGGAUGUAGAAGUUGCAGAAAGUAGAGUUCUCAAGAGCCUAAUAACAGAAAAUAUGAAUGCACAAAUUAGAAGACCAGUAUCAAUGGAUCAAGUGUCGCGAGGUGUUUUAUCUAUAGCUGAUAUACUAAAGUUUGAUCACGACGAAGAUUGUCAAAUGGGAGAUUGCCGGUUUCAUGAGAGAGAUGUUGGAACAUCAAAACAAGAAGUAGGGGAAGAAGUAAGCAGUAGUGAGAAUAGAAACAGCACACUACCACAUUGUGUGUCAAAUCCCAUGGCUAUGAAGAGAUCUUUUUCCAGUGGGAGAUUCAUGUUCCCUAAACGUGCAACAGGACAGAACAUGAUCAUUCCUUUGUGAGAUUCUUGACAAAUUUUAUGCCAAGAUUAUGCAUUUAUGCCCUUAGAUAAAGAGAUCAUAAAACUCUUGGUGAUUUCUUUCCAUCUUGGUGGACAGAAUUGCUUGAUAUCCGUACUAGUAUGAGGUAGUAGGUACCUGAUGAACAGGUGCGGUCAAGCUGACAAACACCUGCCUUUGUUAAAAAAAAAAAAAAUUUAAAGGAGUUCAUAUAAAGAAAAAAGUUUGAAAAGGUUUUUGCUCCAUGUAGUUGAGGUUUUAGAUGUUGUCAGCUCGUCUUCUAUAUGUUUCCUUUGAGUUCAUUUGUCCACAUCAAAUUAAUGCAAAAACAGGUUCAUA